AUAUCAUCCAAGGCUAUGACCAAAACGGGUGAGAUUUUAGAAAAGAAAAUGGUUACCGAACCGACAAAGGCUCCCCAUUAACGCUGUAUAGUACUGAGUUCUGACGCUCACUCUCAUCGUUUCCUCUCUCAGCCAGCAAACAAAGCAACCCAAAAAACACUGCAUAUCCAAUUCUCAAAACCCUAAUUUCACCCCCCAAAUUCCAAUCCAAUGGCUAAAGAGUUCAAGGUUCCGCCGGUGGCCUUCCCACAAGCCGGAAACCCCACCGCCGGAGGUCCAAACAUCCAGCAGCGACGCAUGGCUGCGCCGCCCUUCCAGCCAAACUCCGGCAUCCCCUUCAUGUCCUUUGACAUAGGCUCCGCCGCUGCGUCCACCUCAUCUGGCCCAAUCUACUCUGGACCGGGCACCGUGGGCGGCUCCGCCAACUUCGACGACGAGGAACCACUCCUCGAGGAGCUCGGGAUCCACCCUGAACAAAUCUGGAGCAAGAUCCGAUCCGUUCUGAACCCGUUCCGCGUGAACCACACCAUCCACAAGGAUUCCGAUCUAUCCGGACCGAUCCUUCUCUACAUGUCGUUUUGCCUCUUCCAGUUACUUGCCGGAAAAAUCCAAUUCGGCGUGAUUCUUGGCUGGAUCGUGGUCUCUUCGAUCUUCUUGUACGUGGUUUUUAACAUGCUUGCCGGUCGAGCCGGUAACUUGGACCUUCACACGUGCACCAGCGUGGUUGGUUACUGCAUGUUGCCGGUGGUGAUCUACUCGGCCAUGUCGCUAUUCCUGCCUCAGGGAGGGAUCGUGGCGAUUGUUGCCGCUUCGGUUUUCGUGCUGUGGGCGACCAGGGCUUCGACGGGUCUCAUCGUUUUGCUUGCGGAUGGCGGCGACGAGCACCGUGGCUUGAUAGCGUAUGCGUGUUUCUUGAUCUACACUCUGUUUUCGUUGCUUGUUGUGUUCUAGGGGUGGAUGUGGAUUUGUUUGGGCGCGGAGGAUUUUUCUUGUUUUUCAGAUUUAGAGAACGGUUCUUUUUUUUGGGGUUAGCAUUGCAUAUUCACGCUAUGGUAUAGUCAUAAUUUGAUGUAGAAAAGUGGAGAUUAUUGCCCUUAUAUUGAAAAAGAUUUUGUUUAAAAUGUUAUCUCUAGGUUACUUGUGUUUGUGUGUGUUGCAGAAGUAUAUAUGGUCGUUUCUUUUUUCCAUCCUAAGAAUUUUUGUUUAAUAGUUGUUCAGUAAAUAUAACUCAUUUGGCAUAGUGAGUUAUGUUUUUUAUAUGUCUGCAUUCUGGAACUGUGUGGAAUGCUUGAUUGAUCCUAAAA